CGAAAUCGAGCAGCGUCUCUCCUCGUCUCCGCUCCCCAUUUCAAAUCCCCCCCAUCUCGUCUCCCCAUCCACCUCCACCUCCACCUCCACCUCCACCGCCGCCGCCGCCGCCGCGCCAUCGCCGCCUCCACCGGGAUCCCGUCGCCGCGAUGCCAUCCGACUGCGGCGACGACGACCACGGCGGCGGCUCCGCCCCCGCGGGGUUCGAGCUCCAGGAGGAUCCCUCCUUCUGGAAGGACAACAACGUGCAGGUUGUGAUCCGUGUUCGGCCGCUGAGCAGCGGCGAGAUAUCGGUGCAGGGACAGAAGAGAUGCGUCAGGCAGGAUAGCUGCCAGAGCAUCACCUGGACGGGCCACCCGGAGUCGCGGUUCAAGUUCGAUCUCGUUGCGGACGAGUAUGUCACGCAGGAGAAUCUGUUCAAGGUUGCUGGGGUGCCCAUGGUGGACAACUGCAUGGCUGGCUAUAACAGCUGUAUGUUUGCUUAUGGUCAGACCGGCAGUGGCAAGACACACACAAUGCUUGGUGAUAUAGAAAAUGGCACACGAAGAAACAAUGUGAAUUGUGGUAUGACGCCUCGGGUGUUUGAACAUCUGUUUUUAAGAAUCCAGAAGGAAAAGGAAAUAAGGAAAGAAGAAAAACUCAGGUUUACUUGCAAAUGCUCUUUUUUGGAGAUAUACAAUGAGCAGAUCCUUGAUUUGCUAAAUCCGAAUUCAGUAAAUUUGCAGAUAAGAGAGGAUGCUAAAAAGGGUGUCCAUGUUGAGAACUUGACAGAACAUGAGGUUUCCAAUGCUCGAGAAGCAAUGCAACAACUUGUUGAGGGGGCAGCAAACAGAAAGGUGGCGGCUACCAAUAUGAAUAGAGCAAGCAGUCGCUCUCAUAGUGUUUUCACUUGCCUUAUCGAGAGUAAGUGGGAAUCUCAAGGUAUCAACCAUCACCGGUUUUCUCGGCUUAACCUAGUUGACCUUGCAGGCUCAGAGAGGCAAAAGAGCUCAGGUGCUGAAGGGGAACGCUUGAAGGAAGCUACCAAUAUCAAUAAGUCACUCUCCACCUUGGGACUUGUUAUUACAAAUCUUAUUGCUGUAUCAAACAAAAAGUCACAUCACGUGCCUUACCGAGAUUCAAAAUUGACAUUUCUCCUUCAGGAUUCACUUGGAGGGAAUUCAAAGACAACUAUAAUUGCGAACAUAAGCCCAUCAAGCUGCUGCGCGGCUGAGACAUUGAGCACAUUGAAAUUCGCACAACGGGCAAAAUACAUAAGAAAUAAUGCUAUUAUAAAUGAAGAUGCCUCUGGUGAUGUUUUGAGCAUGCGCUUACAGAUCCAACAUCUUAAGAAAGAGGUCAGUCGCCUGCAAGGGUUAGUCAAUUCUGACAAAGCAGAAUGUACUAGUUCCAGUGGGUUUAUAUGUGAGUCUCCUAGCACACUUAAGUGGAAUCAAGGUCAAGGCUCGUUCAGUCCACUUAUGUUUGAUAAAAGGGCUAUGCAGCGGAAAGAUUAUGAUGCUGCGCUUGUCGCUGCUUUUAGGAGGGAGCAAGAAACUGAAGCAAAAUUGAAGGCAAUGAUUGCUGCAAAGCUUGUUGCUGAACAGCUGGCAACUCAAAGAGCGGAAGAGGUCAGAAGCUUCAAGAUGAGGCUUCGUUUUCGUGAAGAUCGAAUAAAAAGACUGGAGCAAGUUACAUCAGGGAAGUUAUCUGCUGAAUCACAUCUGUUGCAAGAAAAUGAAGACCUUGUGAAGGAAGUAGAUGCUCUUCGUGGCCUACUGGACCGCAAUCCAGAAGUCACAAGGUUUGCUAUGGAAAACUUACAAUUGAAGGAAGAUAUUCGAAGGUUACAAACAUUUGUUGAUGAAGGAGAACGAGAAAUGAUGCAUGAGCAGAUAAUUGUUUUACAAGAUAAGUUACUGGAAGCACUCGAUUGGAAACUUAUGCAUGAGAAGGAUCCUAUUAAUAAGGACCUCUCAUUUUUGGGGGAGUCAGCUGAUGAGGAAAUGGAGUUUAUUCGUUUGCAGGCUAUUCAAAAUGAGAGAGAAAUUGAGUCUCUGCGUAAAAAUCUGAGCUUCUGCCUUGAAUCAAAAGAGAAACUUGAGAGGCGUGUUGAUGAGUUGACAUUAGAGUUGGAGGCAGCAAAGAAAUAUCAUGAAGAAUCUGAGGCUGUGGAACUCCAGGUGCAGACCGAGGUAGAUUUGCAUGAUCUGCCUGAUGCUCAGACAGAACUGAAGACUUUGGUUGAUGCCAUAGCUACAGCAAGUCAAAGAGAAGCAGAAGCUCAUGAAACUGCUAUUGGGUUGGCCAAAGCGAAUGAGGAACUAAGAACAAGGCUUACAGUUUUGAUUGAGGAUAAUAAGAGAUUAGUUGAGCUCUAUGAACAUGCUAUCGCCAAUGGUGAGGUGAAUCAAGAUGGGGGCCAUCCUGCCAUUCCUCAAAUUGAAGGUGUGAAUGAGCAGCAAAGCAGCCAUUCUUAUGGAGGGGCUGCUGCGAAUGGGGUGCUGCCAGAUGACAAGCCAGAGAGUGCAACAAUUUUGCCAGCAGACAACUCAUCCAGUGAGGUAUCGGACUCCAAGAUAAUGGAUGGACAGUGCAAUCACAAGGAUAAUUUUUCAAGAAGUGAAUUGACAGAUUUGCAACUUCAACUGGACGAGAUGCAUGAAGAAAAUGAUAAACUUAUGGGUCUGUAUGAGAAAGCUAUGCAGGAAAGAGAUGAAUUCAAAAGGAAAUUUUUUGAGGGUAGCAAUUCUUUAACUACAGUAGAUACUCAAUAUGAAGAUGUUGAAAUGCGUGAUGCAACAGAUGAUGAAGAUCUAGAAGUAAAACAUGUACAUGACUCUGCAAUAUCAACGUUUAAAGAAAUCCUGCGGCUUGUUCGUGUCAAACUGAAGAAUGUCCACGACAAGCUUGUAACUACCCAGGAUGCAGUAGAGUAUUUUAAACUUCUUGAAAUGGCUAGUACUAAGGCAGAAGAACUUUCAGCAAGCAUUCAGCACCAUUGCCUAGAACUGAAGCACGACCAGGAAGACAUGAAUGCCCUUAAGGCUGAACUGUCACAAUCACAGGAGAGUAAAGAAGCUUUGGAAAGCAAGUAUUUCUCGCCUGUGGCAUCAUGCUGGAACUUGGACUUGAAAACCAAAGCCCUUGUUGGGUCCAAGUUUGAUGUCAGCUUGGAAUUAUUGAAUCAAAAGAAGGAACAACUGAGUCACCUCCAAACUCUCAAAAAAGAAUUUUCUGUUGCAUCUACAAAAGCACGUGAAUCUGAAACCGCGUUGAGAAGCAAAAUCGACGGUCUUAAAGUAAAACUCCGCUCUUUCGAAGCUCAGAGAAAGGAGGCAGAAAGGGUCCUUUUUGCUAUUGAUAAUAUCGACACUUCCACUCCUACAUUGUCGAAGCCUGUGAAUUUUGGUAAGGCAUCUGAGCUGCUGAGAUCUGAGGAGGAGCGAACAAAGCUUUUAUCUGAACUUAAGAAGUCCCGUGAACAGCUUAUCAUGGUGCAGAAAGAAAUUAAAAGCAUGAACAGACACGAUGAUAUCGAUUGUAAGAUUGCAUCUCUUGAAUCAGAAGUAGAAAAUUGCUGCCUGACCCUGCUGGAAGCUGACGUCGAGAAGUUUGUACGUGAUAAUACCUUGACAGAGAUUUGGAAGGAAGAGCAGAAAGACAUGGAUUGCCUGCUGGUUGAUUACCAAGAGUGCGUUUUUAAAGUCAACUUGAAGGAGGAGAAGAUCAGGGCAUGUGAGGAGUCCUUGCAGCAUCAAACAAGGUCCCUGGAUGACAUGAACUCGAAGCUAAAUCAAGCGAUGCGUGAUCUGGGUGAGCAUCUGCGAGACAGAACCCCUUGCGAUUUGGAUGCAUCCAUGUUGCAUGUUUCUGACAAGGUUAAGGGGGAUCUUGAUGCAAUGGCGCUUCAUGUUGCUGAAGCUGUGCAGCUCUUGCUUGUCCAGGGUGAGAACCAAACAAAUCCGUGAGCCUGCUCAACUAGAACCAGCUUUCCUUCACUGAUGCAAUAACCGACAGGCUAGUCUGUCCAAGCCUCAUCUGUGCACAUCCUUGUUUUCACCACAACACAAGGGAUCAGGCGUCUCUUUCUGUCAAUUCGCUUCUACAUGAUGGAAGAAGUCGUGAAUCAGGAUGCGCUCAAAACUGUUUUGUGCGACCACCUAUCUCUGGUGGUUGUGCCAAGUCAUCAACAGCAACAGGCCCUUAUGUAAGCUAUGUAUUUCUUUUAGUUUGCACUUGAAAGUGCAAUUCAGCUACUGGUUCAACAAGGUUUUGAAUUCAAGGAAGUGAUUUACCGUGCCUUUUGUUAUUCUCUAGAUUUGUACUGUACGAAACAAUGAACAUAGGUGCCUGCAUUAGGGAAGGAUGCUGCACUCUAGUAGUUGUAAGCAGAAAAUUGGAGCCUGAACCUCUUUAUGUAUUUUAGCGUGUUGGGUGAACUGUACAGUUCUCCAGUAGCAGUAAAAACUUACUGAAAGGUGGAGUUGCGCCAGUUUGUGAAUGAGUUAGGUAGGACUCAGGCUGACUGCUUCCAGAAGCUUA